CAACAAUUGCGAUGGCCAUCUAGCCGAGUUUGAGUUUGUUUCGGACUGUUUCAUCCGCGAUCGUGAGAAUAUCUUGAAACAGAUUGAAGCUCACUACUUUGUACUGCCCUUCAAGUUGCCAAUAUGCACUGUCCGCACGACUGCUCGCAUGGUUCAGCGGCGCCGUCAGUUCACCAAACAUUGGAAGAACUAGAUUUCAGCAGGGGACUACUCGGCGCAGCCUCUGAUGGGAACUACAAGAAGGUCGAGUCACUUCUUCAAAAAGGCAAUAACCCUGAUCAGGUGGACACUUACGGCUACAGUGCACUUAUUUAUGCUUGCAGGCAUGGGCAUUCCGACAUUGUUGAGCUGCUGCUCAGUCGUGGCGCACGACCAAACGUACAGACCAAUGGAGGUGCCACUGCCCUUCACCGUGCGUCUUACCAUGGGCACCUGAAAUGCGUGUGUUUACUUCUCAACAAAGGUGCAGACUGCACCUUGGUAGACAGUGAUGGGAAAACAGCCCUGCAUAAGGCUGCAGAAAAUGGACAUGAGGAAGUCUGCAGGAUGCUUCUGCAGAAGUCGCCGGGUCUGCUUUUGCUGAAGGACAAUCAUGGAAAAACAGCAUUGGACUGCGCACUACCAAAGCAUUCGCACCUAUCUGAAGUGCUUUGCUGACCACAACAAACAUGGUGGAAAAAAACUUUGGCAGACUCCCACGCACCAUGCUUCAGUGUACCUGUGUUCCACUGUACAUACUGUACAGGCAACUUUGUCACACUUUACUGCAUUGUACUUAUUGCAGGCAACCUCGUCACACUUUUCACGCCCAUAUUCAGUAUAACGCUAGCUUAGGAUUCUUUACUUGCGUCCGCUUGCUCAAGUGCAUGUUCACAGUUGUCAUGCAGCAAUCAGAGCAAGAUUGCCAAAGCACACUAAUGUGAUCAAAGGAGACUGUGAUUCUGUGACGUCUGUGUUGAACAUAUAUAAGUAAAGAAAGUUUGUCAUACUUAACAAACGAGAGACGUUCCGAAAGUAAGUUUCGUCAUUUUCUUGAAAGAGAAGAUGGAGCACCAGGUGAAACAAACAAUUGCCAUAAGAAUCUACACCCGUUGAUGGUUCAAUGACAGAAGGAACUUCAGCGGAGGAGGAAUGAAACAUGCGCAUAGCAUUGAAGAAGAGAGAGUGGCAAACAGACGUGCACCAACCUGGUCGCCAGCAGAAGUGCAUGCUGUUAUCCGGUAUGAAUGGGCACGUGGGACUAGUGUGUCCGGCAUCCAUGAACACCUACAGAUUGUGUAUGGUGCAGAGGUCAUGUCUCAGGCCUUGCAUUACAGGGUACAGAGUUUUACCAGAGUGGUUUCUUCAAACUGAUUGCAUGCUACAACAAAUAUUUCAAUGUCGGUGGCGACUAUGUGAAAAAACAGUGCAAGGUGUAUACACUAGUUCAUAAUGUCGUUGCACAUCUUUUUUUUUUUUUUUGCCUAUAAAGUUUCUGUGUGAAAAUAAAUUAUGGAACUUAAUUUUGGACCGUCCCUCGUAGUAUUGACCUGGUGAAACCCAUUGUCCUACUUGUUGUAGCAAAGUCCAAGAAACUUUUUAACGUUGUACAGGGUGCGCCAAUAUUAAAGGGAACACCAAACGGAUAUUCAAGCAAUGAUAUGCAGCAAGUGCAAGUUUGAACUUUUGCUGGUACUUAUUGAGUAGCUCUUGUGUUGAAGAAUGUGCCUCAUGCUACCUUCUAUAAGCAAGCAAAAAUAGCUACAAACUGUAGUCUUGAAUGCGGAUCAAGUGUUCCGUAUGUUAUUAGAUUAGUGUUUUGUGUACAUGCCCAAGUGACCUUCUACACACAGUUACUUAUAUGCAAACAUCAAAUAAAGCAACAACGACAAUGGUCUGUUA